CACCAUCACCAUCAUUCCUCAACCAAACCCUAGAAGACCUCCUCUUCGACACCGCUACCAAUCUCUCAGACGCCGACGAAGACGACUCUACCAAAACCCAGCUCUCAAAAGAAGAAUCCAAGCUCGAGAAAGAGCUUAUCCGGACGAUUCUCACUGGGAAAAUCGAAACCCUGAAACCCAAUUCGGGCCAGGCCGUCACGAUCGGCGAGCACCAUAUAUGUGUUGGGUUUCAUCAAGAAACUGGGUCCGAUUACAGGGUUUGGGAGUGGCAUGGUCAUGUGAUGUUGUUUGAUGAUGAAAAUGGGUACACUCCUGAGUAUAUAUAUGGGAAUUACUUUGAGAGAAUUCAAGCUAGGCCUGUUGUUGCAACCAAUGAUGAUGAUGAUGAUGAUGAUGAUGAUGAGAAGGAGGAGAAAAUUGGGAAUUUGGGAUUGAGGGAAUUGAUAGAAUCGGGUGAUUCGGGCGGGGGGCGGAUACUUCAUCGGAGUAUGAAUAUGAAUGCCGGGUCUCCAAGGUUUGUGUAGAACCCAUUUUCCCAUUUUUAAUUAUGCUUUGCAUUUAUUGAUAAUUUUUUAGUUUCAUUAGUUUAUUGAUAUCAUGUGACUAAGAAUUUGCAUAAUGGUUUACUCUGUAUUAAAUGUUCAUGAUUGUUUGUGUGGUGUUUUGCACAGUAGUUUACCUUGAGUUUUGGAAUAGAUUUGGUUCUUUUGGGUAGGCAUAAAUGAUUUUUUUCUCAUUUGUAUGUGUGUGUUUUCUAAGAUAGAAUAUGUUGAGUGUGAUGUGUGCAUGCUGCACAAGCAAUAUUUAUAAUUGCUUAGUGAUAGUAAGUUGUGUUUAUGGUAGCAGCAGGUUUUUAAAUAUCAGCUGUUACGUAACGGGAUUUUAGAUUUCCAACA